UUCAGGUUUCACAGCUGUAUCACUCACAGAAGAAGAACUAGUAGUAGAAGUUAAAUGCGAAUCAGCUGGAGAAUAAACAUAGCCGGACAAGCAAUAUUCUACAGAUUCGGGCUGUGCACACGCAUUUCCGCCAUGUUUAAUUCGAGAGUUUAACCGAGAUGUAAUGAGAGUGAAUAUUUGUUUCUCGCGCUUCCAGCCGAUGGCAGCUCCAGCAGUGCACGGCUGACUGGGCGAACCCAUAUUUGAUUUAUCAUUAAUACCACCUUACCUCAUUCCUACCUAUCCAUCUCAUGGAAGAAAGUGAAGAUCAUGGCGUCCGAAGACAAAGUUCAGGCGUUUUUCGGAAUCGCAGAUCGUGCACGCGCACGGAGAAGGAGCGCGCACGCGGCACACCUGUGAUACCCGAACCUCCAUACGUGCACCCUUCAGACUCCCACAGUCAGUCUUGUUUAAACGGAUCAGGUCUAGAUCCCUCCAAACGCCGGUAUAGUCGAGGUAAUGCCGGGUCAGUGUAUCCUCUCCUCACUGUGCUGCUUUUAUCCAUGUGCACGCGCUUCUACAAGCUCCCCGAGCCGCCGCACGUGUGCUGGGAUGAGACCCACUUUGGGAAGAUGGGCAGUUAUUAUAUUAACCGCACGUUUUUCUUCGACGUUCAUCCACCCCUUGGCAAGAUGCUGAUUGGCCUAGCAGGAUACCUGACAGGCUACGAUGGCACCUUUCCUUUCAUCAAACCAGGGGACAAAUAUGAGCAUCACAACUACUGGGGGAUGAGAGGGUUCUGCGCAGCACUCGGCUCCUGUCUGCCUCCCUUUGCUUUCUUGGUGGUCUGGGAGCUGUCUCAUUCUACUGCAGCUGCUCUCAUUGCCGCAUCCCUACUCGUUUUCGACACUGGGUACAUCACCCUCUCGCAGUACAUCCUGCUCGAUCCCAUCCUCAUGUUUUUUAUAAUGGGAGCUGUUCUAAGCAUGGUCAAAUUCAAGCAGCAAAGACUCAGACCCUUCAGCUGUUCCUGGUGGCUGUGGCUGAUUCUGACAGGAGUGAACCUCGCUGGCUCAUUAGGGGUGAAGUUUGUAGGGCUGUUUAUCAUCUUAUUAGUGGGCAUCAAUACUGCAUGGGACCUCUGGAAACUACUAGGGGAUGUUCGUCUCUCUCUGGUGGAUUUUGCCAAGCACUUGACUGCCAGAGUGUUUGGGUUGAUAAUGAUCCCCUUGUUCCUGUACACUACAGUAUUUGCUGUUCAUUUUGUUAUCUUAAACAGAAGUGGUCCAGGAGACGGUUUCUUCAGCUCGGCUUUUCAGUCUCGGCUGAUCGGAAACAACCUGCACAAUGCCACCAUGCCAGAAUACUUGGCAUAUGGCUCAGUAAUAACCGUGAAGAACCUGCGAAUAGCUGGAGGAUAUCUUCAUUCCCACUGGCACCUGUAUCCAGAGGGGGUCGGAGCCCAACAACAACAGGUCACUGCAUAUCUCCACAAAGACUAUAAUAAUCUGUGGCUCGUCAAGAGACCUCCUGAUGAUGAUGAUGAUGCUUUAGAUCCCACAGGGUCUCCUAUGCUUGUCCGACAUGGUGACGUCAUUCGGCUGGAACACAAAGAGACUACGCGCAACCUGCACAGUCACCUUCAUGAGGCACCACUGACUAAGAAGCACCUUCAAGUCACAGGCUAUGGCAUUAAUGGUACCGGGGAUGCCAAUGAUCUCUGGCAGGUGGAGGUGUGUGGAGGAAAGAAGGGGGACCCGGUGAAGGUGUUGCGCAGUAAAGUGCGCUUCCUACAUCGUUCCACUGGCUGUGUGCUCUAUUCCUCAGGCAAGAUGCUCCCAAAGUGGGGCUGGGAACAGGUCGAGGUCACAUGUAGUCCAUACUUAAAGGAAACUCCAAACUCCCAGUGGAACAUUGAAGAUCACAUCAACCCCAGAUUGCCCAAUAUUAGUUUGUGUGUGCUGAAGCCUUCCUUCCUGGAGAUCUUACUUGAAUCUCAUAUUGUCAUGAUCAGGGGAAACAGUGGCCUGAAACCUAAAGACAAUGAGGUGAACUCGAAACCAUGGCACUGGCCCAUCAACUAUCAGGGCUUGAGAUUUUCUGGAGUGAAUGAAACAGAGUACCGUGUGUAUCUUUUAGGGAACCCUGUGAUCUGGUGGCUGAAUCUGUUCACUCUGGCUUUGUUUCUUGUCAUGGCGUGCCUGUUUUCUCUGGCCUUACAGAGAGGAGCUAAACUCGAGGGAGAGAGGAAAGCACGCUGCCAGGUUCUUAGAGAAGGUGGAGGAAUGCUGUUCUUGGGUUGGCUGCUACACUACAUGCCCUUCUACAUCAUGGGCCGAAUUCUCUACUACCACCACUACUUCCCUGCCAUGUUGUUCAGCAGUAUGCUUACAGGAAUAACACUGGACACACUUCUGCAGAAUGCUGACCUCCUGUUUAGUCCAGCUGUUUCAAAGUGCAUUUUAAGAGCAGGUCAAAUGGUGCUACUGUUAGGACUCCUCCACAGCUCUGACCCAUCGAGGCAUGGACCUCCUGAAGGUGUGCUCUGGUAUCUGGCACCAAGAUGUUUGCAGCAGAUCCUUUGUCACUUCUACCUGUUCCACCCUCUGUCCUAUGGCAUGAAGGGGCCGCUUGCUCACGAUCCUGCCUCCUCCAUGGCGGGACUCAGAUGGUUGGACUCCUGGGAAUUUUGAAGUGUUUUGAAAGGAUACGUAGUGUGGAAAAAAUAAUAUUAACUAGUCUAGGGACUACAGAGCUGCA